CGAAGCUGUGCCAGGAUGUGCGACGACGAGGAGACCACCGCUCUUGUGUGCGACAACGGCUCCGGGCUGGUGAAGGCGGGCUUCGCUGGGGAUGACGCGCCCCGUGCCGUCUUCCCGUCCAUCGUGGGCCGCCCGCGCCACCAGGGAGUCAUGGUGGGUAUGGGUCAGAAGGACUCCUACGUGGGUGAUGAGGCCCAGAGCAAGCGAGGUAUCCUAACUCUCAAGUACCCCAUUGAGCAUGGCAUCAUCACCAACUGGGAUGACAUGGAGAAGAUCUGGCACCAUACCUUCUACAACGAGCUCCGCGUGGCCCCUGAGGAGCACCCCACGCUGCUGACUGAGGCCCCACUGAACCCUAAGGCCAACCGUGAGAAGAUGACUCAGAUCAUGUUUGAGACCUUCAAUGUCCCUGCCAUGUACGUAGCCAUCCAGGCGGUGCUGUCCCUGUAUGCUUCUGGCCGUACCACAGGCAUUGUUCUGGACUCUGGGGAUGGUGUAACUCACAACGUUCCCAUCUAUGAGGGCUACGCUUUGCCCCAUGCCAUCAUGCGUCUGGAUCUGGCUGGUCGGGAUCUCACUGACUACCUCAUGAAGAUCCUCACUGAGCGUGGCUACUCCUUUGUCACCACUGCUGAACGGGAAAUUGUCCGUGACAUUAAAGAGAAGCUGUGCUAUGUUGCCCUGGAUUUUGAGAAUGAAAUGGCCACGGCUGCCUCUUCCUCCUCCCUGGAGAAGAGUUAUGAGCUGCCCGAUGGCCAAGUCAUCACUAUUGGCAACGAGCGCUUCCGCUGCCCUGAGACACUAUUCCAGCCCUCCUUCAUUGGUAUGGAAUCUGCUGGCAUCCAUGAAACAACUUAUAACAGUAUCAUGAAGUGUGACAUUGAUAUCCGCAAGGACCUGUAUGCCAACAAUGUCUUAUCUGGAGGUACCACCAUGUACCCUGGUAUUGCUGAUCGCAUGCAGAAGGAAAUCACUGCCCUGGCUCCCAGCACCAUGAAGAUUAAGAUUAUUGCUCCCCCUGAGCGUAAGUACUCUGUCUGGAUCGGGGGCUCCAUCCUGGCUUCCCUGUCCACCUUCCAGCAGAUGUGGAUUAGCAAGCAAGAGUAUGAUGAGGCAGGCCCGUCCAUCGUCCACCGCAAAUGCUUCUAAGGUGCCUUCUCUCUUAGUCUACCUUACAUUCAGGAUGACAGUAUUAUGCUUCUUGGAAUCUUCCGAACCACCCUCCCUUAUCUCUCAUCAAUCAUUGUACAGUUUGUUUACACAUGUGCAAUUUAUUUGUGCUUCUAAUAUUUAUUGCUUUAUAAAUAAACCAGACCCGGACUUGCAAC